AUGGGCCUGCUCACCAUCUUAUCGUCCAUCAAAGACCGAGCUGACAAGUUCCUGAAUGAGAAGAACGUGGUGACUGAUUUUCUGGGGAAGUUGGAGGAGAAAACUGGGAUAAGGAAGAAGAUCCUUGCAGUGGGUGCCGUCUCACUGACCGGACUCUACCUGGUUUAUGGAUAUGGUGCCGCCCUCCUCUGCAACCUGAUUGGUUUUGCCUAUCCAGCAUAUUAUUCAGUCAAAGCCAUCGAAAGUCUGAGCAAAGAAGACGACACAAAAUGGCUGACUUACUGGGUGGUGUAUGGUGUCUUCAGCCUGGGCGAGUUCUUCUCCGAUAUUUUCCUCUACUGGUUCCCUUUCUACUACGCUUUUAAGUGUCUCUUCCUGUUGUGGUGCAUGGCUCCGAUGUCGUGGAACGGCUCCCAGUUCAUCUACAACAGAGUGGUGCGGCCCGCCUUCCUCCGCCACGAGGCCGCGGUGGACAGCUUGGUGAGCGACCUCGGCAGCAGGGCCAUGAGCGCCGCGGAGAACCUCACCAGGGAAGUACUCACCACGCUGAUGAGGAAUAAAAAUGUGGUGACUCCGGGGCCGUCGGCCGCUCAGCCCGAAACCAAAAGUUUACCAGCUCCAUCCGCAGCAAAUGUUGCUCCAUCCGAGUCGAGCGAAGAACAACCAAGCCUGUAG